AUGGAGACCAUCCCGUCCCCGUGGCCCGCAACCAACGCGUCCAUGAACGCCGCCGCGAUCGCCGCGACCAUCGACCCUAACAUCAACGACACGUAUCCCGCGGUGCUUGAUCCGAUCACGCAGCCGGCUCCCCCGCCGUAUGUGGCGCUGAACCAGUUCAUGAAUCCCGCGGAUAUCGGAUCGGCGCUGGAUCAGAUCGACGCGCGUGCCGUGGCGUACUCGUCUACGCUUGAGGAUACGAGCCUGCCGACAGAUGCGCCGGAGGAGGUGGCGAACUGGACCAACACGCUUGCGACUGAUCCUGGAUACGCCUCCUACCCGUACAAGAAGCCCCGGUACCACCCUGUGUAUGGGCUCGCUGUGAAGAAGCCCAACGGCAAGUGGUACACUUACAUCAACAACAACCUGUCGUGGCCGGGCGUUGACGACUGGGCCACCGGUUUCAAGACCUGCCGUUUCACCCAGCCUGACCCCGUCUACGGGUUCAACUGCACCGAGGACGCGACCUGUCCCGGGUGCCCCUACUGCCGCGCGCAGCAGUGCUUCUUCAACCGCCACUGGCCCACGUACCGCAACCCACAGGCUGAUGGCACCAUCCCCGGGCAGAUGUACUGGCAGCGCAUUAUUGAUGCUGCCAUUAACCCGAAGAGGCAUGCUGGGACUGCUGCAGCUGCUCCUCUCCUCCUCCCUACACACUCUCCCUCCUUCACACUCACUCUCUCCCUCUCCCUCUCUCCAGGCGUACUGGGUCUGCUGCAGCUGCUGCUCUCCUCCUCCCUCGACGAAUCGCAGCACGACAUGCUGGCAGCCGUGCAGGCCACGGCGCGCCACGUCAUCCACGUCGCCAACAACGUCGUCGACAGCUGGCGCAUCGAGAACCGUCGGAUCGCCGCGGCCUCCUCCGCCGCCGCCUCCUCAGCCGCCGCUGCAAUCUUCCGUGGGGAAAGAGGGGGGGACGGUGGGGGGGGAGGCGGGGGGAGUGCUGGGCGGGCAGGGGGGGGUCUAGAGGUGGCAGGGAGGGGCAGAGCAGGGGCGGUGGAGAGAGGGAGUGUGGUGCGGUUGGGGUUAGAGAGUGCGGUGUUUGACCUGCGGUGUGUGGUCGAUGAGGUGGUGCUGCUGGUGGCGGGUGAGGCGAGGGAGAAGGGGGUCGAGUUGGCCGCGCUGGUCAUGGACUCAGUUCCUACGGUUGUGGUGGGGGAUCCCCUCAGGCUGCGCCAGGUGGGUGGGUUACUGGUGUUGCUGGCUGCACUGGGUCUAGAGAGUGCGGUGUUUGACCUGCGGUGUGUGGUGGAUGAGGUGGUGCUGCUGGUGGCAGGCGAGGCGCGGGAGAAGGGCGUGGAGCUGGCAGCACUCGUUAUGGAUUCUGUUCCUACGGUUGUGGUUGGGGAUCCCCUCAGGCUGCGCCAGGUGGUGCUGCUGGUGGCGGGCGAGGCGAGGGAGAAGGGGUGCUCUUGUCAUGGAUUCCGUUCCUACUGUGGUGGGGGAUCCGACCCGCUCAGGCUGCGACAGGUGGGUUUGAGAGCUAGGCAGGGCACUGGUGAGCGAGGCGAGGCGAGGGAGAAGGGCGUGGAGCUGGCUGCAUUGGUCAUGGACUCUGUCCCUACUGUUGUGGUGGGGGAUCCGCCCAGGCUGCGCCAGAUCCUCGCGAAUCGCAUGGCUGUGGCAAUUCUCGCCAAUCUAAUGGCAGUGGCGGUGCGUCUCACCGACCGCGGCCACGUGUUCCUGGUGGUGCGCCUGGCGCCAGACGACGAUGAGAUGCGGCGCAUGGCGGACCCAAAUUCCCCUGACGACAUGGAAGACCCCAACUACCCUGAUGACAUGGAAGGUGCGUUGACUGCCCCUGGACAGAUCUCCAUGUGCGAUCCCUCCCAGCAGGGAGGCCCAGGCAGUGGAAGCAGAGAGAAUCUCCCGGGGAAGGGCGAGCCAGGUGAACGGGGAGAGCCUGAACACGCUGAAGAGCCCUGCCUGCCUUACUCUCCCUUCUGCUGCCUCCCAGCCCCCAGCAGGGAGGCCCAGGCAGUGGAAGCAGAGAGAAUCUCCCGGGGAAGGGCGAGCCAGGUGAACGGGGAGAGCCUGAACACGCUGAAGAGCCCUGCCUGCCUUACUCUCCCUUCUGCUGCCUCCCAGCCCCCAGCAGGGAGGCCCAGGCAGUGGAAGCAGAGAGAAUCUCCCGGGGCAGGGCGAGCCAGCAGGGAGGCCCAGGCAGUUGAAGCAGAGCGCAUAGCUCGAGGGCGAGCAAGCCAGGCCAAGGGGGAGAGCCUGACUCUGAGCGGGCGGGCGGCGGCGGACGGCAGCAACAGCUGGGAGAGCAUCUGCCGCAUGAUCCGCGAGCAGGAGGCAAGGUUCAGGCGCCUCAUGGGGCCGCAACAGCAACAGCAGCAGCAGAGGGGAGGGGAUAGGGGCAGGGCGGGUGGAGGGGGGGCUGCUGGGGGAAGUGGGGAGUGGGGUGGUGGUGUGGGAAGGGGAGGAGUGGGAGGAGGGGGAGGGGGAUCUGGAGCGGUGGGGAGUGGUGGUGUGCGAGGGGGAGUGAGGCUGAUGUGCACGUUGGAGGACACGGGGGUGGGACUGCCUGACGCUGUGUUUGACGCUCUAGAAAAGCCCUUUCAACCGCUCUCCCUUCCACUACAGCAGCGCUUCGCCGCCGUCCCACUGUUGCUGAACGUCGCCCAGAAGUGA